CAAAUGCGAAUUGUAAUGAAUAAUGGUUGGCGAUUUUUUCCGUUUGUGAAACAUGGGAUUGACAUGUUUUAUAUAUCAAAGUUUCAGGCUCGGGGGAUUGUCAGUUUUGCGUCAACAGCUAAAGUAUCAAAUAAAGAAGUUAAUAUCCAGAAAAUCGAAAAUGUUUCAUCUGAUGAAACACUUCAAUUGUCAGCUUUUAUUGAUCAAUUAUUAAUUCAACCAAUUGAAAGUAUUUCUCCAAAAAAGAAUGUUUGUUUAUUUAAUUAUAAAAAAUGUUUUUCCUUUAAGAAUCUGUCAAAUCCUAUAAAUUUUCACCGGCAAUUAAUGAAAGCAAGUGGAUAUUGGAAUUCAUUAGUACAAUUUGAUGAAUUAUUAUCUUCAGCAACUGUCAACAAAUUUUGCAAGGAUUUAAAAGGAUUGGAUAUGAAAUCUGUUGUAUUUUUAUUAAUUUAUUUUGGAAAUGAAAGAAUUUGUCAUGAAAAUAUUUUGGAACCUCUGUGCAGACGAAUAGAAGAAUUUAUUCCUCUAAAUGAUCCAAUUCUUGUCAGUAAUAUCUUACAAUCAUUACUACGACUUGGCUGGUAUGACGCACGGCUAGUCACUAAAUUAAAACAUGAAAUAUUAGAGUUUCGGGAUGACAUUUAUUCACUUCAGUUUCCUCUUGCAUUGCUUGCACGUUUUCACCUAACUGAUCGGCAUUUUUGGCGUCAGAUUGUUGAAUCGCUUGAACCAAAAUUGGAAUCCAAACAAAUACCAACUUUAUUAUUAUAUAAUAUCGCAAAAGCUUUUGCUCUUACAAAUGUUGAUUGUCGUUUAACAUUUCCAUUUGUUCAAGCACUUAUCAAAAACUUUUCUACAAAUUCAGCAAAUGAUUGGCUUGAAUUUGCGUAUAUUUUGACUUGCUUAAAUUCCCUAAACAAUUCUGUUGCUGAAUCUGUUCUUAAUAAAAACUUUGUUAAUGAAAUCAAAACGAAUUUUCAAUUUAAACUUGAAAAAGAGCGUGCUUACAACAAUUUGCGAUUAAAAACAAUUUCUUGUGCAGCUAAAUUAGAAUUGCCAAAUUAUAAAGGACCAUUCUUUGUUGACAACUUGACACCCAAGGAAACACGGCGUUUGUUAAAAACCAAAUUCACAGCUGAAGGAAUGGAAGCAUUUUCAAACUUUGAAAUUUUAAUGCGUCUUGUUGUUUUACCUAAUUUAUACAGUACUGGACAAGAAUGGCAUGAAGCAACUGGUGUUAUAAUUGAAGGUCGAUGUUUUGUCGAUGUCUCUAAAAGGGAAUUUAUUCCUUUAUCUAAAAUUCAAACUGAAAGGAAGCAAGGAACAAUAUGCAAAGAAAUAGCGAUUCUUUUCUUUACUAAAAGACAAUUAACAAAAAUUUAUGAUCCAACAGAGGAAAUUGGACCAGUUAGAUUAGUUGGUGUCUGCCAAACAGGUAUACGACUCUUGAAGAAAGCUGGUCUCCAUCCUGUUGUGUUUACUGAGGAACAAUUUCAAUCAUUCGAUGACGAGCGAACUAAAGUUGAAUAUAUUCGUAAUAGGCUGCUUGAUCUUUCUGAAGAUUUUCAUGAAAAUAAUUGGCUUUUAGAUGAAGCAAAUGUAAAGAAAACAAAUAAUUUUUAUGAUAGAUAA